UCCCACUCUUUCACACAACAAAAUUUGAGAAUCUCUUCACAUCUUUCUAGUCUUUGAAGGUAGCUUUAUAAUCAAUCAUGGAUACUUACCAUCAUCAAUAUGAAGGAGGAGGAGGAGGAGGAGGGAAGUUAAAAGAGGAAACAGAAAAAGGGUCAUCAUCUUCGACCACCCCUUCUCAUGAAUUCUCCUUCACACUCUCUCUCCAUUCAUCAUCCGAUCAUAAAAGCAUCACCGUCGAUUUGUCUCCGGCCGAUGACAUUUUCUUCCAUGGACACUUGCUUCCCCUUCAUCUCCUUACUCACCCCACUGUCUCCCCACGCUUAUCAACGAGUUCAUCGGACGGCUUCAACGUUCCCGGAAGAGACUUAUUUGAUGAUCUCAAGUCUGUAAAACAAACCAUCGGCAAAAGCGACGGUAAUAUGCAGAAACAUGAAGCAAAAGUGAAGAACAAGUCUAAGUCUUUCACUUUGUUCGGUUUAAAAAGACAACAGAAAGGGGGCGGAGUCAACAUUAAAGAAACCGAAGAGAAAGAGAAUCACAAGAAAAAGAUGAGAUUCGAUGUGUUAAGGAGGUACACGAGAUUGAUUAGGCCAUUGUUGUUCUUCAGAAGAAAGAGAAAAGCUUGCUCGUUUUCUGGUACUUUUUGGAACAAAAAAGCAGAGUUGAGAGGAAGGAGAGGAGGAGACUAUUAUUCAGCUCCUCCUUCAAUGAGAACAUCACCAUCAAAUAGUGGUCUUCUUGUUGCAACCAGUGAUGGCACCAUGGAAGAGCUGCAGGCUGGGAUUCAAUCUGCAAUUGCUCAUUGCAACAACUCCAUUAAAGGGGAAGACAAACUUUAAUGCUAGGCUUAGUUUUGAUUUUUCUUUUUCAAUUUCAAUCA